CCACAACUGUCAAGCCUGUCAAGUGGGCGAGUCGCGAAACCAAAUUAAACAUUCACAACACACACACACACACACACACACACACGCGCGCGCGCGACCUGGUGCAGCAAAACAUCCGUCACCAUUCUCAAUGUUGCCUCCCGCUCGGCAGGGUGGUGAUAUGCUCGUGCCGUGAAAGCCGUCCCCGUGCGUGCCGUGUGUGUACAGUGUGUGCUUUGUUUUUCUACUCCCUCUCGCUCUCACACUCGUGCUCGGUCGUAAUCGUGCCUGUCGCGUGCAGUUUCCUGCUACAGCACACACGCACGCUAAGCACCAUCAUCAGAGUGUGUGUGUGUGUGCGUGACGAAACCGCUGCAAUCAAUAUUGUUGCUGUCAAGCGAGCAGCAGCGACCGGAGAGGGGCGGAGGCACCAAGCGGAGAGGCCACCACUUCCUGCUUUCUAGAUGAAUCAUCUCUGCUGAAAGCGGAAAUACAGUGUGUGUGUGUGUGUGUCUGCGUGUGCUUGUGAGCGCGAGAGCCUCCGUGUGUCCAUCGUAUCAGGUCCGGUUGCAAGCAAAUGGCGAUGGAGGUGUUCCAGACCGAGACGCACUACAUCUUCGUGCGGAAGGAGCGAAGCCUCUGGUGGAAUCGAUACUCGUCCGAGUUUCAGCUCAAGUGUGGCUGGGAUCUGUCCUCGGUGGACGACAUCGAGUGUAUCGGCGUGACGCACGGCAUCGUCGGCACGAUCGCGCUGCAGGGCGUGCUGGACCCGCACCUGAUCGUGAUCAAGGAGGUGGUGCCGGUCGGGGUGCUGUACGCGCCCCACCUGGUGUACAAGAUCCGCAGCAUUGCGGUGCUCGGGCCGGACGGGGCGGAUACGGUGCUGCUCGGGUGCAGCAAGCACACCACCAGCCAGACGGUGAAGGUGGCGCCGGCGGGCGGCACGGCUGCACCCGAGGGCCACCCGUCGCCCGCCAAGGGCCGGCUGUUCGAGAGCUCCGCCCUGGUGAACAAGACGUGGGGUGCGGUGAAGAGUGCCGGCAGCACGAUCCGCAACACGACCGAGAAGGCGGCCGCCAUCGCGACCAGCCAGGUGAAGUCGACCGUCAGCCUGGUGGUGAAGGCGGACCCGGUGCGCAUCGAGAAGCGCGUGCUGGACGAGCUGCACAAAAUCUUCGACGAGACGGACAGCUUCUACUAUAGUCCCAACUGUGAUAUUACGAACAACUUGCAGCGCCGGGGCGCCCCGCCCGACGACCGCUUCUACUGGAACCGGCCGAUGCUGGCGGAGCUGCUGCGGGUGGUGAGCGAGCAGCCGGGGGGCGACGCGGCCCAGGACUGGGUGGUGCCGAUCAUCCAGGGGUUCGUGCAGGUGGAGCAGUGCGUGAUCGGCAACGAGUGCUUCACGCUAGCGCUCGUGUCGCGCCGGUCGCGCAACCGGGCCGGCACGCGGUACAAGCGGCGCGGCGUCGACGAGCACGGCAACUGUGCGAACUACGUCGAGACGGAGCAGGUGCUGUCGCUGCGCCAGCACCAGAUCUCCUUUACGCAGGUGCGCGGCUCGGUGCCGGUGUACUGGAGCCAGCCGGGGUACAAGUACCGGCCGCCGCCCCGCCUCGACCGGGACGAGCCGGAGACGCAGGCCGCGUUCGAGCGGCACUUUGACGGCGAGCUGCAGAUCUACCAGUCGAUCUGCAUCAUCAACCUGGUGGAGCAGAGCGGCAAGGAGAAGAUCAUUGGCGACGCGUACGCGAACCACGUGCUCAAGUACAACUCGGACCGGCUGAUCUACGUCACGUUCGACUUUCACGAGUACUGCCGUGGCAUGCGGUUCGAGAACGUGUCGUCGCUGAUCGAGUCGCUCGCGCCGGAAGCGGGCGCGAUGGGUUUCCACUGGCGCGACACGAACGGCCCGAUCUGCAACCAGAAGGGCGUGUUCCGCGUCAACUGCAUGGACUGUCUCGACCGCACGAACGUGGUGCAGACGGCCAUCGGCAAGGCGGUGCUCGAGUCGCAGCUCGUCAAGCUCGGUCUCGCCAUGCCGUACUCGCAGCUGCCGGACGCGCUCAAGGCCCCGUUCAUGGUGCUGUGGGCGAACAACGGUGACGUCAUCAGCCGGCAGUACGCGGGCACCAAUGCGCUCAAGGGAGAUUAUACGCGCACGGGGGAGCGAAAAAUUUCCGGCAUCAUGAAGGACGGCAUGAACUCGGCUAAUCGCUACUACAUUCAGCACUUCGCCGACACGUUCCGGCAGAGUUGCAUUGAUUUGCUGCAGAGGCAGCUGGCCCCGUCGGCCGGCCACAUCCCGGAGGACGAUGUGCGCGGCGCGGUCGUCGGCAUUGCCGCGACCGCACUCAAACCGGCCGGCCCGCUGACGUACUACAACUAUGGCCAGUGCGCGUCCGAGCAUCUGCUGCUCGAGCAGGUCGUCCACAGUGCCAGCUACUAUCUGGCCCGGUUUAAGGACACGUACCGGCAGGCCACGAUCGAUAUGAUGCUCGGCAACAACGUGUCGCCCGAGUCGGUGUCGGCGCUCGGCGGCACCCAGACCGCCGCCACGGACGAGACGGACGCGCUGGAGGGGGCGGAGCAUGCGCGCCUGCUGGUCGAGGACUGCCGGCGGCUGCUGCUCGGCACGGCCCAGCUGCCGGUCGGUGCCUGGGGUCUCAUCGAUGCCGAUCCAAGUACCGGGGACCCGAGCGAGACGGAGGUGGACACGAUCCUGAUCCUGACCGACGACUGCUACAUCGUGGCCGAGUACGACUCGCACCUGGACAAGAUCGUGCGGUUCGAGAACGUGCCGCUCGCGAGCGUCACGCUGAUCGAGCUCGGCCUGUUCCAGCACAGCAAGAUGUUCCAGGGGCCGGCGGCCGCCCACCUCUGCGUCCGGCUGAACUACGCGGUCGACGGUGUGGACGGCUACUUUCACAUGUUCCGCUCGCCCAACAUCCGGUUCUUCAACAACGUGGCGGUGGUGAUCCGCAAGCCGGAGGAGAUCGCCGAGUCGCUCACCGCGAUCGUCGACCUGUUCCGCAUCGCGCUGCAGAACUGCGGCCGGACGGAGGUGGCGUUCCAGUGCGGCGGCAGCCUGCAGCGGCGCAAGAGCCGCACGCUGCUGUCCGUCCCCGCCGGCAUCCCGCGCAACCUGUCCGAGUCGCAGCUGGUGCAGAUGGGCUCGAAAGCGUUCAGCAACAUGGCGGGCCAGUUCUCCAAGAUUGGCCAGUCGCUGAACGCGAGCAAGAUUGGGCGCGCGAGCGGCGGCAGUAAGGGCAAGCCGGGCAAGGGCGGCGUGGACGAUGGGGUCGGUUCGGGGGAUGGGGCGGCAGCUCGGUCCGGCGGGCGGCGCGACGGCUCGAGCGGUUCGGUCAGCUCGUUCGGCGGCUCGGCGGGGGCCGGUGGUACGACGGGCGGGCUGCGCCCCGGGUCGGCGUCGGCCGGCGGCAAGAUGGAGCGCUCCAGCUCGGAGUCGGAGGAGGGAGCGUGCAUGUACGAGCCGGAGGACGAGCUGGUCGAGCAGAACCCGCUGUACAACGAGAACGUGUUCCUGCCGUCGGUCGGCAUCGUGAUGGGAGGCGGCGGCGGCGGCGGCGGUGAGCAGGAGGGCGUCGGGCCGGCCAGCAGCAACGUGCUGGAGGAGCGGGACAGCAUCGCCAAGAUGUCGUCCGACCUGUCCACCAUGUCGAUCUCGUCCGUGACCGAUCACAUCAACAUGCCGGUCGGCAUGCUGGAGUGUGCGUCGCCGAUACGGGUCAGCAGCCCCGCGCCGGAAAUCUUCGUCGAUGGGACGGCGAGCGGUGGCGACGGGGGUGGCGGCGGCGGCGACGGUGGCCCGAACCGGCCGGGCCGCAACACGAUGAGCCUGAACCUGCAGGCCCCGGCGGGCGGAGCUGGCGGUGGUGGUGGUGGUGGUGGCAGCGAUAAUGCGCUGCGCCAGCUGAAGAAGCUGACCAGCCCGCUGUCCAACAUUGGCAAGGGUUUGCAGACGCUCGGCGCUAACCUCGAUCCGCGCAAGAUUACCGUCAAGAGCCCCGUCGCGCCAGUAAGAAGCACCAGUGCCGCGUUUGCCGAGAUCAAGCAGCUGGAGGAAAAGUGGGAAAAGGCGAGCUGCCGCACCAAGCUGAUUGCGCUGUAAAUCGACGUACGCCCGGCCAAGUGUUUGACUUUACCUUUCCUCGGUCUCAGGCCACCAGUUUGCACCUACCUUGCCGGUCCGUAGCUAAGUUAGAACGUGGAGCCAUGCUGCUGCGAAACACACCCACACAACGACUCGAUGGCUUGUGGUUUUAGUUGUUGUUGUUGCUGUUGCAAGUAUUAGUAGCAGAUUGAAAUCGAAAAAAAAAUACAACGUUUUGGACCAAUUCCACUAUAGCAUGCAGGAACAUAACCCGCCCAAACGACGCCGCGAAGCAGAGAUCACACUAAUGGUCAAGUAGGUGUGGAUGUGUUUUCUUCAGUUUUAAUCAUUGAUUCGGAGGCUGCACAAACGUAACCCUUUCUCAUCAUGCGCUAUUAGUAAGCACGCUCUGGUUGCCCAAGGUUUAGAUAUAGAGCCUCGAUUGUCCCGAUGCCAAAGCUCGGUUCUUAAAGCCUACGGUGCACGAUCGCACCAAGAAAGCAAACAAACGGAAGAAGAAGAAAAAGAAGAAGAAGAAGAAGAAGAAGAAGAAGAAGAAUAAGAAGAAGAAGAAUAAGAAGAAGAAUAAGAAGAAGAAGAAAAACCCCAGGAAAAAAAUGCAACACGCACAGGACAAAGGGCGCCAAGGUGCGCCGAAAACACAAAACAAACGCUUCAGUAUGUAAUAAUUGUCGGCAGUAUUGUUAUUUAUCGAUUAGUCAAAUGGUUCGUACCCACGUAUGUGUGUGUAUGUGUGUGUGUGUGUGUGUGUGCGUAUAGGCAUUAUUGAAGCAAAUCCGUGCUCCGAGCCGUUCAAAACCAAAUACCGCGAGCAGGGCGGAGCAGUUGUAGGGCGAUAACCGUACCGUUUAAA